AUGCAGGGUUUCCACAGUGCACAGUUAAAGUCGUUCAGUGAACGUCUGGGAAAGCCGUUACAUCCCGUCGGCUUUGUGACGUUCGAGUCCCGCGAACAGGCGGAGAAGGCUCUCAGUAAACUCCAGGGUGUAAAAUUUGACCCAGAAUGCAACCAGCACAUGCGACUGGAGUUCGCACGCAGUAACACCAAAGUUACCAAACCGAAGUGUGGCGGUCUACCGAUUGGAUUUCCCUUUGCCCCAAUGGGUUCUUCACCAAAUGCCGCUGCAGCAAACCUCUCGCCUAUUCCGCAGCAGACUGCCUUCCCUGGCGUUGUUACCUCAACGUUUCUACCCCAGCUGGCAGGCUUUGACCCAACUAUGGCUUUAAUAGCCGCCCAGGACGCCGCCAACCAGUGGGGCAAUCCGGCCUUUGGCUACGAUACAUCCGGC